AAACAGACGAGCGCUUCCCUUCGGGCUUUCAGAUGGAGACUGCUCAGAAUUCAGGGAACGUUUCGUCAAAUAGCCGUUUUAUGCCAUUGCUUCUGGCAAGCUGUCCGCGCAAGCUGCGGCAGUAUUUGGUAGAGUGCUGCCAACUAGCGUUCGAAACUACCGUCCGUGGCCUCCGAGGCUUCGUCGUAGUAGGCGAAUGCGUUGAAGGUGCGUCGCAUCAGGUGAAGGGGACGACGGUUAGCCAUCCUCUCUACAACGUCUUCUGCUUCGUCAGGAUUCUAAAUCAGGCCAGUCGUGCUGUUGUCCUUGGAGGCACGAUAGUCAAUCACUUGCAGCUGGACUUGCCGUGGACACUUUGCCAAGUGGCGAGUAAAAGCCGUGUGACCAACUGGAAUCAAACCCUCAUAAUCAGCUGCAAGGGUUAUUCUUUAGAAGAGGCGUCGGCAGCCACGCAUGCACGUGUAACUUCGAACAUGGCAGCGAGGUUCGCAACCUAUUUUGUGUUGUUGCUUCUUGUCGUCAAGUGCACGCUGGCUGCUCCACCAAUGGACAGUUCUGUACAUAGCCACUCCUCAAAGCGCAUGCCACCACAAAGCGCCAUUCCUGUGCGACAUCUGUCACCUUCACCUGACAAGCAAUGCAGCCCCGGCGAACACGACGACUACGACGAGGAGAAAGAAGUGACCACCUGUAAGGGAUUCAGCCAAGAAAGCGACUGCCAGAUGGUCGUCGAAGCGGAUGGCUGCCGGCGUUGUCAUUGUCCACGUGCCUGCCCAUCCAUUUACUGUGGCCUACGUUGCCGGCGCGUGUUGAGAUCCGGGGCCUGCCCCUACUGCGACUGCCGGCGAGGCAAACAGGUCUACGUACUCGGAAAGAAGCCCUAGUGCUACUAUUCUCACAUGGCGCUAGCUGUCGGUUUUCACAUGUCACGCUUAUUCUGCGUGCGUUGCACUUAGGAAAUUAGCAGACUUCGCCCGCUGAUCCUGUCACUGUUGCAAUUGCUUGGAUAUUUUUCUUUACGCAAAACAAAUAGCAUUUCUUCAUUGUCUUUAUCAAUGGCUGAGUGUCGUCUACUAUGGCAGCUUCAAGGUGAAAAAGCUUUUUGUACUUUAUAUAUGUGCAUUGUUAUGCGUGCGAAAACAUAACACGCAGGUUAUAAGCAGACAAACAUCAUUAUUAUUCGAAACUGAGAAAGAUUUCGUCGACGAAAAUAGCGCUGGAUGAACAGGGACACGACAAGAAGACACACAACAUAGACAAUAAUGCCUGUGUGGAAAGAAGUUAAAGUUUCAAUUGUGCUAAAAAAGAUUUCGUCAAAACGAGGCGAAUAAAGACAUCAAAACGGUCUUCAUGCACGCUCGAAAAACUGCAUGGAGAAGUAAUGACGUUCACCUUGACUUGCGGGUUUGCAUUGGCACUUGUCACACUGAUAUGAGUCAACGAAAUCUUCGUGAAGAUUAGGUUGUUCUUACUCUGAGUGCUUACCAGGUACAUUCUUCAAUGUGCCCCUGACACGUGACAUCAAGGGGAUAGUACCUUUGUUUUCUUAGCGUAGCGAUAUCGCUACGCUGUAUUGUUACUCGCUACUGGUUAUUCGCAUGGUUAUAUCGCCACUUAGCGUAGCGAUAUAACCAUGCGUGUACAUGUUAAGCAAUAAUAUGUAAAUAAAGAGCAAAACAAAUCGUGUCAAAAGCAAAUAACAGGCGUUCCUUCUCCACAGCUCACGAAAGUGACAUUUGCCAGGUGCGGUUCCGGCAGCUGACUAUUUCAAUAGUGCCAUGUCGGUUGAAGCAGUGUUCUGCAGUGAAGUUUCGUUUCAGCAGCUUUUUAUUUUCUUAAUUUACCAUGCUUAUGUAGAAAGUUCUCAAAUGCGUAGACAAAUAAAACGAGAUUACAAACCAUGACUGUAAGCUUGUUUUUGCGAAGUUUCAGCAGAAAGUGGUAACGUUAUAGGGCGACCAAAGGGAGGAUAUAUUACAAAUGGAGUGCUAUAAACGGUAGUUUUCUAAAAACCGACUCUCUCUCUCUCUUUUUUUUUGUACAGGUGCACUUACCCUGUUUAAGAGAACAAAUUAAAAAAGAAUAUGCGCGCAGCAAGCACCGGCACAAUCAUUUACUGCGUUUUAUGUGAAGCUGCCCCUCAAAUGAAAACAUUCUAUAUAUCCUUAGCUA